AUGACAGGAACAGUAGAGGGAGAGGAAGACACUUUGAAGGACUUACCUUCUCAGAAGGUUUACGAAGAAUUAAGUGGAAGCAAGGACGAAUGUAUUGGGGAGCAUGGAAUAGAAGAAAUGGAGAGGAAGUUAACGUCAUACGUCGAAAAUAAGGGCGACAUGGACAGAAUUAAAGGUGCGCUGUGCCAUGUAUAUAAAAUGGAAGAUAAUAAGGACGGACGAAAGAAGAGUGAUUACUGUAGUGCCCUCUACUAUUGGGUAAGUGAAAUAGUAUGGAAAAUAUAUGAAAGCGACACAAAAAGUGGGAGUUCCAAAUUCGAUCAUGCUAUGAAUAAAUAUUGCACUGAAAUACGGGAUAAGGAAGGUGAAUAUGGAUGUAAGCCCCCGGAUCCCAUUACUGACCCUAAAAUUCGUGAGGCAAUGAAAAAAUUAUUCGAUUUUACAGUGGACAAGGAAUUUAUAUGUACAGCGUCGGGUGGUGCAGACACACCUGAUGGUGGAAUAUAUGGAACAUAUCUGGCAGGAGUACGAAGUGCCUACAGUCAUAUGCAACCGGAAUGUAUAGGAAAGGGCGAUGGGGAAGGUUGGUGUGUAGAUUUUACACUAUGGUAUGGGCAUCACAGGGAGGAAGGGACACUGCAGUUAAAGUGCAAUGGAAUACUUAAACCACAAGUUGAGGAACCUGCAACACCUGGUCAUUCGUUCUCUAGUAGUGUCAAUGACAUCAGCAGUGGUAGCACUGCCACCAUGGGCUCCGCCGUUGCCGGUGGAUUAGUUUCUGUAGCCUUACCAACCAUCGGUUUCUUUUUAUACAAAUAUACUGAUGUAUUCUCUGGAAUAAAAAACUCCCUCUUUGGUGGCAGUAAUAGGAAUAGGGGAAGAGGAAGAAGAUCUACUUUUCGACACAGUAAUCAACACUUUGAGGACACACUCACAGAAAAUGAUUCUUCCACCCUGGGUGGUGGUGGUGGUGGGGAAUCGUCCACCUUAGGUGGUAGCUCCACCGAUAUUUCUACCAUAUAUAAUGAUGAUGAUGGAGGACGACGUCGACCAUCAUCACCCCCAUCUAGGAAACCAUAUCAUACACGACAAAGCAGAAAUAUACGUUAUGGACGAAUAUAA